AUGAGUUGCGAAAACUGCUUCAAAGGCAACGUUCUUCCUGGAGAUCCGACAGGUACCAUGGUGGAUGGAGCCUACUACUGCUCGGCAGCGAACAUGACCACCAAGAAAGCCAUCGUUCUUCUGACGGACGCCUUUGGGCUUUCGUUGGUCAACCCGAAGAUAUUGGCAGACCGAUUGGCGGAGAAAGUGGGUGUAGACGUCUGGGUGCCUGAUUUAUUUAAUGGUUGGCCCAUUGUGGAGGGAGACGAUCUCCAAGGACUUUGGCCUGAACGUGCUGGGGAGAAGAUAUCCUUCCUGAACAAGUUAUGGAUGGCUGUCGUCUUCCUGAAACGCAUGCCCAGGAUCAUCGCUUCUCGUCCAACAGUCGCUGACGCCAGGGUUCGCACUUUCAUCGACAAACUCAAGACGGAAAAGAAGUACGAGAAGCUUGGCUUGGUUGGCUUCUGUUAUGGAGGAGGAUGUGUAGUUCGCGUGGCCAGUAACCCGGCUGUAUCUUCGAUAGUUGUUUGCCACCCUACACCCUUGUCAAAUAAUUGUGAACCUCACAAUGUCCAGUGCCCUGCCGCAUGGGUUUGUGCAGAAGAUGAUUCGACUUUUACACCGAGUCUGCGACAGGAAGCUGAAGCUAUCUUCGCUGCUCGCAAGGACAAACCAGAGUACAUUGAUUACGAGUUCAAGGACUACAAAGGAACGGUUCACGGCUUUGCUGCCCGACCAAAUUUGGGGCUACCGGAGAUCAGGGACGCUUUCGAAAGGUCUUUAGAGCAGACGACUGAGUGGUUCAACAAGACGCUCUAG